AUGUCUUCGCGAGUUGAUGUAAACAACAGCCAAGAGCACCAUCACGUCUACCAGUAUGUCGGGCCGUACAGACUGGAGAAGACCCUCGGCAAGGGUCAAACGGGUCUGGUUAAACUCGGCGUCCACUGCGUCACAGGCAAGAAAGUUGCAGUCAAGAUUGUCAACCGAGAGAAGCUAUCGGAAAGUGUGCUCCAAAAAGUCGAACGGGAAAUUGCCAUCAUGAAGCUAAUCGAACACCCGCAUGUGCUGGGACUGUUCGACGUGUAUGAAAAUAAAAAGUACCUAUACCUCAUUUUGGAGCACGUUUGCGGCGGUGAACUGUUUGACUACUUGGUAAAGAAAGGAAGGCUCACGCCAAAAGAGGCAAGAAGAUUUUUUCGUCAAAUUAUUUCUGCAUUAGACUUUUGCCACAGUCAUUCCAUUUGCCAUCGAGAUCUAAAGCCCGAGAAUCUUCUUCUGGACGAGAAAACUAAUAUAAAGAUUGCCGAUUUCGGAAUGGCUUCACUGCAGAUGGACGGCUCUAUGCUGGAGACCUCUUGCGGAAGCCCGCACUAUGCAUCACCAGAGAUCAUUAGGGGCGAAAAGUACGACGGACGCCAGGCAGACGUGUGGUCGGUGGGCGUCAUUUUGUAUGCUCUACUAGUGGGUGCCUUACCUUUUGAUGACGAUAACCUACGCCAACUGCUUGAAAAAGUGAAGCGCGGAACUUUUCACAUACCCCAUUUUGUGCCUCCUGAAUGUCAAGACCUUCUGCGACGAAUGAUCGAAGUGAAUGCAAACAGACGAAUUCCG